UCGAAUCGGAUCGUCGCGUGGGCGGAGAAAACCAGUUGCCCUUGCGGACGACUCGGACUCGGAACACCACCGUCUUCCUCCGCGUCCGCGAGAGCCGAGCCAAGGGGAUGAGCUCCCCCUCGGCGUCGCCGGUGCCGCCGGACGACGACGUCUGCUCCGUCUGCCACGACCGCUUCCGGAUCCCCUGCCAGGCCAACUGCUCCCAUUGGUUCUGCGGAGAGUGCAUUAUCCGUGUUUGGAAUCAUGGACCUGCUGUACAGCCUUGCAAGUGUCCCAUUUGCCGUCGCCUUAUAAAUCUUCUGGUACCAGCUAAUGUAUCAAUAGAUAACAAUGACGACCCACAAGUUCAGCAUGUUCUAGGAGAGGUUCAGCAUUACAACCGCAUAUUUGGUGGAGCACACCGCAGCCUGACUCAGAGGUUGGAAGACCUACCCUUUUUCAUCAGAAGAAUGUUCAGAGAACUAUUGGAUCCCCAGAGGACCCUCCCACUUGUCUUCAGGGCGAGGAUGAUCUUGAUGGUAGCAUUGAGUGCAAUUUAUAUCCUGAGUCCGGUCGACAUUCUUCCUGAAAGCGUGCUGGGGCUGUGCGGAUACUUCGAUGACUUUCUCGUGCUGCUGAUUGUGUUCCUCCAUCUUGCUGCUGUCUACCGCUCUCUCCUGCUCUACCGCCACGGAGGCCAUUGAAUUGCUGCUGCCCAUUACGUGAAUGGCAGAUGGAGUUGCGUCCCUCUGCUGACGUUUUGAGAUUUCAUUUGUGCUGGAAGAGAUUGCUAGCUAAUGAUACGAACAUGAUGUCGGCAGUAGCAUGACCCCUUGUGUAUUCUGUUUCGGUAUGCUAUGCUUGUUUGGUGAUAUUUGAUCAUGGGAACUUAAAAACGAGGCCUUGUGUUUUUUCUUUAGUUCUAGUAGAAUAGCCACAUCAGUGAGCACCUCUUUGAUCCUUGGUCAGCCAAAGCUUUCAUCUGUUAUUUCUUUUCGUUGAAAGAGAACAAAAAAGAUGUAUAUACCAGAAUGACACAUUCCUAAAUACACAUUUAGGAAAUAUUUUCAUCAGAUACGAGCACACCUUUUUUAACAUUAUUGUAUAAUUCUGGGUCUGCUUGGAAACCAU